AUGGAGUACACGGUGGACGCUGUGGUGUGCGCGCGGUGGGUGGCGACGACGGGCGGUGUGGUGGAGGACACUGCCGUAGUGGUCUCUGGUGGCCAGGUGGUUGACCUGCUGCCGGCUGCCACCGCUCGCCGGUCGUACCUCGCCAACGAGGUCAUCGAACUCCCGGACUCGCUGCUGACGGCAGCAUUUGUGGAUGCCGGCGCAAAUGCCAUCGGUCCAUCGUCGGGUCACGCACGGCUGUCGGCGGCGCUCGCGGUCAUGGCUGGAACGACUACCCUUGCCUCGGCCUGCCCCGUGGCCAUGCCGGGCGCUGGAGCUCCCGGAGCACUGGCGGCGGCAGCUGCCACCGAGGGCAUUGCUCUUGGCGUGCGGGUCAUUCUCGGCCACGAGGUCACGCUUACCGCAACCACGCCUGUCGGCGAUGCACUCGCCGCCGCCACCCAUGCCGAUCUGGAGGCGGACGCUGUGGCAGGGCACAUGUUUGUGCUCGCACAGGACGCGCUCUCCGCUUCGCCGCUGCUGCUGCAGGUCGGUGUCCUUGCCAAGCGCAUGGGCGCCAGGGUCAAGCUAGUCCUGACGCGGCCCGGUGUUGGUAGCAGCGAGAUGCAUGCUCUCGAGGCCGCAGGCCUACUCGGCCCGAGCUUGCUCGUUGUCAAUCCGUCGCUGCUCGACGACGACGCACUGACUGCGGCCGUCGAUGCGCGGGUUGCACUGGUCUACGAUCCUGCCGCAGAGGCUGCGCUCUCGUCGACGCGCUUUCCGCUGGCAGAGGUGCUGGCACAGAGCGGACGUGUGGCGCUCACCGCUGGCCCUGGGCGUGACAUGCUUGGAGCUGUCCGGCUCGCCGCCCGCCUGAACCCUGGACUGGCGCUUGGCGACAUGCUGGCGUUGGGUUGCGCUGGCGGCGCGGACGCGCUCGGAGUCAGCAGCGGGCUCGGCGUGCUCGCACGCGGCAUGCAAGCCGACUGCGUUGCAUGGCGCAUUCCGGCGGCGGCGCUUGUCCUCGCUGACGACGACCCACUGCGGGCGCUCGUCUCGAGUCCGCGUCACCUCAUCGGCGUCGCCGGGGUGUGGUCGUCAGGCAUUGCCCGGCUCGAUUUGGCCAAGGAGGCGCUUACCAGCGCUGCUGCCACCAUUUCAGCUCUCGAUGACAACUCCGGUGCGAGCGAAGCCACUGAUGCACCAGCCUCCAACGUCGACUACGCAGGCAUACUCGCGCAGUAUCUCGAGUAG